UUCUGCACAAAGCCUUUGUAAUACUUUUUAUACACACUAAACAAAAAAAAUAUUCUGUUUUUUUUUUUAUUAAAUACUGAAUAUAGCAAUAACAAUGGUCGAGCAGUUUGUUGGUAAAUGGAAAAUGACUUCAAGUGACAAUUUUGAUGAAUACAUGAAGGCUGUAGGUGCUGGUUUUGCUUCUAGGCAAAUGGCUAACCUAGCAAAACCCAGUCUGUCGAUUGCUGUGAAUGAGGAGGGCUUCAUCUCUAUGAAAGCUGUCACUACCUUCAAGACCCUGGAAAUCAAAUUCAAAUUAGAUGAAGAAUUUGAUGAGACAACAGCAGAUGACAGGAAAGUCAGGACUACUAUGAGCCUUGAAGAUGGCAAACUUAUUCAAAAGCAGACCUGGGAGGGAAAGACCACAAUAAUCGAAAGAGAGAUUCAAGACUCCAAAAUGAUAGCGAAAUGUGUCAUGGACGAUGUGGUCGCUAUCAGGACAUAUGAGAAAGAUGCAUGAUGAAAGAUGCACAAACUCUGGGCUUUAAGACAAAUUAAAGACCUCAUUAGAUUUUAAUUUGGUUGACUUUGACUGAUUUAAUGUGGAAUAUAAAUUGC